AUGUUCCCUACAGGUAAAGGAAUACAGAUACCCCCGGGACACUUUGGACUAAUUGCACCCAGAUCUAGCCUUGCCCUUAAAGUGAUACAUGUAAUGGGAGGGGUCAUAGACGCUGAUUACCAAGGAGAAAUAAAGGUCCUUUUGUUAAAUCAGGGACCACAAGACUUGCCAGUGCAAGAAGGGGACAGAAUAGCCCAAUUGGUUAUCAUCCCCAUUUACCAGGGACAGGUACACAAAGGAACAGCCCCUUCCUUACAAACAGUAAGAGGAGAUAAGGGAUUUGGCUCUACUAACCUAAAUCCAGGAGCCAAACUCUGGGUGAGGACAGAGAAAG